AUGGAUAUUGUAACAUAUACUCUGGAUACAGUGGUUAAGAGGGCCAAUGAGACAGCUGAUGGUACAUACAAUUUUUAUGGGAAUGCCACUCCAAAUUUAGCAUUCAAUGUCAUCAUGUUGGUCCUAUAUGUUGUUCUGCUAAUAACACACCUGAUUUUAUUAAUGUAUAAACAAUAUUUCUUUUCAUGGAUGAUGAUUUUUUCAAUUAUAUUACAAUUUGCUGGUUACUGUGCUAGAGUGGACAGCCACUCAAAUCCUUACUCUGUGGCUUCAUAUGCCGUACAGUCUACUUUUCUAAUUGUGGCGCCAGUUUUAUUUAUGGGUGCUUUAUAUUUCCAAUUGGCUAAAUUGAUUGAAAUUUACGGUCAUAAAUAUUGUCUCAUUAGAUCACCUAAACUAUAUUCAAGAACAUUUAUUUCAUUUGAUAUCUUCUCGUUUCUCAUUCAAGCUGCAGGUGGUGGGAUAGUUGGUUCGGCAGCAUCAGGUAGUUCAGAUACAACUACUGGUAAAAAUGUUUUCUUAGCUGGUGACAUUCUUCAAAUCGUCACAAUGACUGUAUUUAUUUUCUUUAUUUUUGAUUUCUCAUACAAAGUUUUCUACAAAGCUAGAAAAAUUUAUCAAAACACUCACAGUUCAGCAUUAAAAUUAUCAGAAAUUUCACAAAAGAUGCUGGAACCUCAGUACAGAAAGAAAUAUUAUCCGAUCAGACAAGAUCCUGAAAGGUUUGUUUUCAAAUACUAUGUCAUCGCUUUCUCAAUAACUGUCGUAUUGGUGUACAUCCGUUGUUUCUAUAGAUUAGUUGAAUUUAUUGAAGGACAAGAAGGUGCCAUUCACAAUCACGAGGGUUACUUCAUUGGAUUCGAUGGUGUAUUGAUGAUGACUGCUACUUUGCUUAUGACAGUAUUUCAUCCUGGUUUCGUGUUUUUAGGUAGAAAAUAUGUUAUUCCAGUGACACCAGGAAGAUAUGAUCCAGAGGAUAUAGAAGAUAUCUCAAACACUGAUGAAGCAGUAGAAGAAACAACAUCUAUCGAACCAGUGCAAAAAGAUCUAGAAGCAAAUGCCGUGGAGUAUAAUUAUGAAUUACCACCUUAUGAGAACCUGGAAGAUCCUGAAUCUUUUAAAAAUUAUAACAAAGAUCCAAUAAAUUACAAGAACUAG